AUGAACCAUAUACAAUUAAUUAUUAGAGUGAUAUAUUUGUAUAUUGUUGGUAUAUGGUUCAUUGUAACAUUUGGAAAUGCUUUGACCGCCUGCUCAAUGUGCUUGGCGGGCCUGACGCGAAAGGUCACUGGACAACCCCGCUCACUGAUGCCUUGGUCGACGAGGCCGCUGUCGACGGCGAUCGCCCGGUCCUACUUCCGCCAACUCAACACCUAUUAUAACAGUCACGUCUCGUGGACCACCAGCUCGAAUGAGUUGUCAUCGGACCGACCGUUGCUCAUCACUCGUGGCGGUGGCCGAGCCGCCUACAUCAGUGGCGUGGAACAGUUCAGCGAUCAUCAUUCAUCGAUUAGCAGUGGCAUUGGCGGCAACAUCAAUGAUCACACCGAGACUGUAGUCUCAAUGUCAAAGCUCGUGAGACAUCAAGGCAUCUUUGACAAUCCCGUACUCUUGGGCAACUCAUCAAACUCAUUCAUCAAUCAAACUAGCCAGGUUGGUGGAGGCAUUGUUCAGGUUGAGCCCAGGAAACUCAAGAACAUUGCCAGGGUCUAUGACAAUGUCAACUCAUUGCAACCGAGCGAGUAUUAUGAAUAUGAGAAUUAUAAGCUUGAUUGGAGCCUUCCCGACAAGUACGAGGUUAUCAACAAGGUUGGAAGGGGCAAGUAUAGCGAGGUAUUUUGUGGAGUCAAUGCCGAGACUGGACAGGACGUUGUGAUCAAGAUCCUCAAGCCAGUUUUCAAACAAAAGAUUCAGCGAGAGAUCAAGAUCCUGCGCAAUCUAAAGGGUGGACCCAACAUCAUCGAGUUGCUGGACAUUGUCAGAGACCCAACAUCGAGGAAGAAGAGUCUGAUCUUUCCACUGGCCGACAACAUGGACAUCAGAGAACUGAUCAACUAUCUCAACGACACGGACCUGCGGUAUUAUAUGUUUGAGUUGCUCAAGGCCAUCGACUACACUCAUUCCAAGGGCAUCAUUCAUCGAGAUAUCAAGCCACACAACAUUGCAAUCGAUCAUUCAAGCCGGAGACUCUAUCUAUUGGAUUGGGGACUGGCCGAGUUCUACCAUCCACUCAAGAACUACAAUAUCAAGGUUGCAUCAAGGCAUUACAAGCCACCCGAGCUAUUGGUCAACAUGUACGACUAUGACUACAGUCUCGAUAUGUGGAGUCUUGGUUGUUUGUUUGCUGGAUUGAUCCUGAACAGGGACCCAUUCUUCAAUGGCGAGAACAAUGACGAUCAACUUGUAAAGAUAGUCAAGGUGUUGGGAAGCGAAGACCUCUACAAGUACUUGGACAAGUAUGGUCUUGAGCUAGGCCCUCAUCUCAAAGAUAUGAUAAAGACGUCAACGAGGAAACCACUUGAGAGAUAUAUACCUUAUGAGAACGAUGAUAUUGGACAUCCAUUGGCAAUAGACUUUCUGGGAAAGCUAUUAAGGUACGAUCCUCAAGAGCGUAUGACUGCCAGAGAGGCAAUGGAGCAUCCUUACUUCGCCGAGAUCAAUAGUAGUAUUAGUAGUACUUUUACUACCUUCUCGUCAUCGACAUCCCCCUCAACAACUACAACUCCUACUGAUGGUAGUCGUAUAAGUCCU